GAGAGUAUAGAGUAUAUGUGUAAGAAAAAGUAGUCUUCUAUAUGAGUUUGUAAGGGUUUAAGGUACAUUAUUUGGGGCGACCAAAUGAAAAUGUUAAGCUCGUACCCAUUAUUACUCAUGUCAAUAAUCAUAUCAUCUUGUUUAUGGAGACCAUCUGAGCUGCGUAAACAUAAAGAUGAUUGUAUACACCGGUGUGGAAAUAUCAAUAUACCUUACCCGUUUGGUAUUGGUCUUGAUACCGCGAGAAAUUGUUUUAGGGACCCCAACUUUGCAGUCUCUUGUAAUUCCUCCUCUUCAUCACAACCAAAACCAUUUCUAAAGAAGCUCAACCUCGAGAUUCUUGAGGUAAUACUGUAUCCCUACGAAGUAGGGGAUGUGGUAACGGUUAAAAUUCCGUCAUUUACUACUUGUAGUAGUCGUAAUGACCGUACUGUGACAAGCCACAACCUCGCCAACUCUCCCUUCAAAUAUUCAGUUACAGAGAAUGUAUUUGUGUCAGUGGGAUGCGAUGGAUACGCCUUAUUGUUGAAUGAGACGGGUGGAAUCGUUGCUGGAUGCGCCACGGUUUGUACCCUGCAACCACCUGCGGCAGUUCUAAGAGAAAACAGAUGCAUUGGCUAUGGCUGCUGCCAGGCUCAAUUUAUGAACCAUUAUACAGAAAUCAAGAAAUACAGUAUAAGUGUGAGCACCAACAACAUAUCUGGAAAUUGCAGGUCUGCCUUCUUGAUUAGCAAGGAAUAUCUAGAAGCUAACGCAUCGUUAUCGUCCGCGAUAGCAUCCGUACCUGUUGUGCUUGAAUGGGGAUCUGGAUAUACUACUGAUGAGAGUCAUGACUCUGCGGUUGUAGUGACGAGCAUCCUUGUGCUCCUCUGUCCAGCUGUUGGCAUAUCACUAAUAAUAUGUGGAAGUUGUUGGGGGUGCUGGCGAUUUAAAACUAAAAAGAGAAGAAAGGAGAUCAGACUUAGAGCAAAAUACUUCAAGGACAAGCUUGAGGUACAAGGAUCUUCAAAUAGCGACGUUAGAGAGAAGACUAAACUCUUCACACUAACGGAACUUAAGAGAUAUACAGACAACUUUAGCAAGGAUCGUGUGCUUGGACAAGGAGGUCAAGGUACUGUCUACAAAGGAAUGUUAAAAGAUGGUCAAGUUAUCGCGGUUAAAAGAUCAAGAGCCCUUGACGAAAGCCAAUGGAAACAAUUCAUCAACGAGGUUAUUCUAUUAUCUCAAAUCAAACAUAGACAUGUGGUGAAGAUUCUUGGAUGUUGUUUUGAAGAUGACAUACCUCUUGUAGUGUACGAGCUCAUUUGUAAUGGGACUCUUUCAGAACACAUCCAAAAACCUGUUGGCGAGAUCAUAUUCACAUGGAAAAUGCGCUUGAAUAUUGCUUUCGAAACUGCUACUGCAAUUGCUUAUCUGCAUUCAGAGUUUUCAACACCAAUUUACCACAGAGACAUUAAAUCUAGCAACAUUCUUUUGGAUGAUAAGUUUGGAGCAAAAUUGUCAGAUUUUGGGAUUUCUAGAGCAGUUUCUGUGGAACAAACUCAUUUGACAACUUGUGUCCAAGGAACGUUUGGUUAUUUGGAUCCUGAGUAUUUCUAUUCGGGCCAAUAUUCUGAAAAGAGUGAUGUUUACAGCUUCGGAGUAAUUUUGGUCGAGCUUCUAACGGGACAAAAACCAAUACGCGCACUAGGACCAAUAGACAAAGAUGAAGAAGAAAGAAGCUUGGCUAUGUAUUUCGUCUCAUCAAUGAAUGACAACACUCUGUUUGAAAUUCUUGAUCCUUUGGUUUUGGAGGGUAGCAAAAAAGAGGAUGUCGUGGAAUUUGCUAAUCUGGCAAAACAAUGCUUGUAUCCUACAGGACUAGAAAGGCCGACGAUGAAAGAAGUUACAAUGGUACUAGAAAGGCUAAGGUAUCGAAAUUCAUCUUGUACGCGACCUCUUACACCAGUUGAUCAAACCAAAGGUUUGACAACAAGAAUUUCUAGUAUGAUCACAUCUUCUAUGGAAACAGAUAAUGCUUUUCUAAGAUCGGUCACGUAUGAUCACAUUGAUCUCACUACGAAUUCGGAUUCUGCUGAUGUCGAGAUGCAUUUACUUCACACAUGUUGAUAAAGAAGGCGCAGUGAACAGAGUUUGAGUAUGUAACUUGUAUGGAACUUGUCAUAUUAUGUUAUUUAUGUUAGAUUUCUGGUUUAGAAGGCUAACAAUGCAUCUUUAUAAUAGCAUUGUAUGCAUGUGAUGGAGUGAACACCUUUAUUUCUAUGAGAUAUUUUUCUUCUUGCGUUGAUUUGUAGUAGUUGUGAAGAGUCUAUUGCGUUGAUUUGUAGUAGUUGUGAAGAGUCUAUAGACUAUCAAGAAAAUUUGCCUAAACAUGGAAUGGUUUUAAGUUGUAUUAUAUUAACUUUCAUAUUUGCUGA